AGGAGAGACAACCUUUGGCCCCCCCACAGCUGGCCAGCUUGGCAAAACCUUCCCCCCCUAACCUUUAUCAUCCGGAGCCCCUAACUCCCCCUUCUCUUCCCAAUUGAAGGAGCGGAGAGAAGAGAGAAGAGUGAGCAGAGAGAUUGAGACAUUGAGAGACACAGAGAGAGAUAAACGGAGAUCUCUGGAGCCGACCUCAAGGUGACAUCCAUUUCUAUCUGCUUCACGUCUGGGGGGGGCCCUGGCCGGGCAGCCCCCCCCGCACUUCUCCUGCCCUGAAACACGGCUCUAGCCAACCUGCUCCGUUGCUUCACCUGCGACCGUCUGUGUGGGGGCUGCACGGACGCCAGCCCCUCCGGCCCGCCAGGGCAUCGUUGCUGCAGCCCGACAUGCCCAGCUGCGACCCCGGGCCCGGCCCCGCCUGCCUCCCCGCCAAGACCUUCCGCAGCUACCUGCCCCGCUGCCAUCGGCCUACAGCCUGCGUCCACUGCCGCGCGCACCUGGCCAAGCACGAUGAGCUCAUCUCCAAGUCCUUCCAAGGGAGCCAUGGGCGAGCCUAGCCUUGUUUUAACUCCGUGGUCAACGUGGGGUGUGGGCCAGCCGAACAGCGCCUCCUCCUUACGGGGCUGCUCGUAGCUGAUAUUUUCUGCGAGAGCUGCAAGACCACCCUGGGAUGGAAGUAUGAACAAGCUUUUGAGACAAGCCAGAAGUACAAGGAAGGGAAGUACAUCAUUGAAAUGUCACACAUGGUGAAGGACAAUGGCUGGGAUUGAGGGCUUCCUGCGGGCUGCGUCCUCCCUCCGCAUGGCCCACCCUCCCUGCCCUGUCCCCCUGGCCCUGUCAAGCCGUCCAUACCAGCAUGAGUCCUGCCCCAGCCCGGAAGGGAAGCCAACCCCUCCCCUGCCUCCACCUCAUCACUCCCAGCCCCUCUAGAACAGGGGUCUGGGCUAGCCCCGGGGUGUUCAAGGCUCACGAGUGGGCGGCAGUCAGGGAGAUAGCAGUAGGGGAGAGGGAUGGAAGUGGAAUGAACCUGGCAGCCCCCAGGACCCCACUUAGAGAAGCCAGCAGGGACAGAGACUCAGGCAGAGAGAGACAAAGCUAGAGGAGAACCAACCUCUCGAUCCAAUGACCCAGGGACAGAGCUUGAGGCCCAUUCCGGGCCACAAAUGAGCAGAUGCAACAAUGCCUGGGUGAGCGAAAUUUUGGCCUCAGACACUGGGAGAUCCCAGGGUCUCUAGGGGGAAGUUUCCCACCCUACCCCCCAGUUUAUUCUUAGGGGAAAAGAACUGGUGUGAGAGCUGCAGGGAACCCCCUGCCCCAUCCCAGGCCCUGGGAAAGAGAAAUGCAGGGUUUUCCAUUUCACUCCACUUGUUUAUCUUGGCACUAAAGAGGGCACUUUUGAGUAUCUAACCUUCGCCAUGGGGUGGGUGGGGCAAGCGGGCCCUGGGACAGGCCCCCACUG